AGUCCCGCCCUUCAGUGUGGAGCACUGCGGCCAGGAAGGAUCAACACGGGUCAGCUGCUGCUUUCCCGGGGGAGCGUUUCCUUGCGUGGUCCGUGGACUCGCCGGGCGACUCGGCGGCCCAGGAGCCGAGCUCCUCCUCGCGCUCGCCCACGUUGGCUGCUCCUCGGGAGGCCGCGCGGAACUGCAAAGCUCGGGCCCUCCGCGCCGCAGCCCGGGGUUGUAGGCUAGCCCUGGGAGCCCUGCAGGAAUGGCAGCCCCGACCAUGAAGGAAAGGCAGGUGUGCUGGAGCGCGCGCGACCUGUACUGGCGCUGUCUCGACGACAACGCGGAGGACGCGGCUCGGUGCAAGCAGCUGAGGAGCUCGUUCGAGGCCAGCUGCCCCCAACAGUGGAUAAAAUAUUUUGACAAAAGAAGAGACUACUUGAAAUUCAAGGAAAAAUUUGAAGCCGGAGAAUUCCAGCCUUCACGGUCCACUGAAAAUUCCUAGGCUCUUCCUGAACUUUCACGCAGGUGGAGAUUAUUCUUCUGGACUUUCAGAAAAGCUUUGCUGGUUCCAGGACAAAAGCAGUUUGGCCGCAAUUACACACCAGCCAGCACCUGUCCCUUGUGACUACCAGUUAGUAAAAGGGUCAAGUAGCAGGAGAUCCUAAUCGUUCAAACUAUGAAGGACUGACUGGUGCUGCGUGUGUUGCUUUAAUUUCGUGAGGAUCUAUUUCAAGAAAAAUAUUAAAGUUUAUUAUAAAAACACAAUGUUUAUCUUCCUUUUCCCCCCUUAGAAUGAAAGCCAAAUAGUAUGCAAAUCGAGUUGCAGCUGAUAUAAAUAAAAACUAAGAUAGGUUGUUAUGUGUGUUGCUGGCUUUUAGAUUAGCAUUUUAAUGUGGAAACGACACAGUGAAGUUAGAAGCCUUAAGUAACCAAUGCGUUAUAAUAAAAAGUUGUUCAAAUGUC